AUGUUGGCACCCGACCUGCAGUUCAUGGUGCACACUGCAGAGAUCGUUGACGAAGAGGGGAUUCCUCAUCGAGGCUCCCGCGUGACGCUCGUGGAUAGGGGCGCGGAGCCGCCAGAGUGGCGCCUGCGAGACUUCGCGUUUGCCGCGUACAGUUGCUCGAACGCCCCUGGUCUGCGGCCAGUGCACUUUGGGGGUCGAUCAAUAUGGGCCUUUGCUUCGGCUCGGGAGCACUGCGAGGAGAUAGUGGUAUUCCGCUCGGGGACGGACACCCGCGCCAAGUGGGAACAAGGGGAGAUGCAUGAUGUCUCAUUCACGUCCGCAAAGAUCCGCGCAGACAUGUUUUUCAUGAUGCGUAUGAGGCAGAUCGGGACUGAAACUCCUUUGAUGACAACGUUCAAUGGGGAGUGGGGUUUUUGGGAGAGCUUCUACGUUCCGCUGCUUGAUGAGCAGCAAACGAUGCAGUCCCUGCUUCUCAUGGAUCCUGGCAUGUGCGAGGACCACUUUGAGCAGAAACGGCUUCCAGUGACUUGCCACAAGUGUCCAGAGGGCAAUUCUGUUUUGACGAUCCCCGACGACCUGGUAGUUAGGUUCGAGGUGAAGAUCGCGUGCAAGGACAUGAAGCAGUGGACGGAACUGUGCACGAAGAUCGGUGACGACAUGCGAAUGGAGGAUGCUUGCGUCAUUGACCACAAGCACCUAAAUCGAGGAGACGAGUGCCUUGAGGCCUACCAGGAGACGCAAGGCGUACAUGUGCACGCAAGGCUGGUCAAGCGCGACCUUGAGCAGUUGGAGCUUCCUGUCAUAGCAAAGUUCAAAUGCGAGCUUAACGUGAAGAAAUGGAAUCCAGACAUGAUAUCGCUCCGCUACAAGUAUGAAGCGAUGACUUCUGUCUACACCAUGAACCUCGGAGGCGGGCUCAGUUCUAUGAGUGGAAGGAAGGCCGAUCCAUGGUACCCGGUAGCUCGUCUUGCCGUCGCCGCGCUGACGAAGGUAUUCGCCCGGUUCCCUGAUAUCCGCACGGUUCUCGACGCUGGUUGUGGUGAGCUUGCUUGGAUGCAGUACUUCUUGGAAGAGCACCCAUUGGUCACAUACGUCGGCGUGGACCUAGUGCCAUAUGUGUUGGCGACGAAUUUCCGUCGCUUCCCACGCAUGCAGUUCAUCCAGACAGACCUCUCAAACUUGACUGGCAUCGAGGUCAUGCCGAUGGGCUGCGACCUUGUACUGGCCAAGGAUGUGUUCAACCACAUGGUGCUGCCCGACGCAGUCAACGCUCUUAAGCGGGUGCUCGCGACGCGUCCUAGAUUCUUGCUCACUCAUCUGCACGAGUCCGCCGACAACACGGGCUGGGAGAACCGUAUAGACAAACAUCUCAUCACACGAAGUACAACUACAACAGAGCCCCGUUCUCGCUGCCCUACCCCGUCGUGGAGAUCCAGAGGAUCAGCGACGACCAGUGCUGGGUGCUGUACGAGGUGA